GCGUGCCUCGUCCUCCUACCUUUUACUGCUCCUCGCGUCUCCCUGCUCCCAGCGUCAGCCCAUCGAUCGGGCUUUUCCAAGAGAAUCUCCCGCCAUGGCGACAGGCCCACUGAAGCGCCUCUGCAGGUCUCGCCUGCGCGAUCUGCUCGUCGCGAGCAGCUCUCGUCAACGUCGCACAGUCGCGUCGUCAUGCGAUCCCAUCCACCUCGUCGCCAGCACCUCCCACCGCACAUUCGCCGCUCACGAUCAGGUAGACGCUUCCACUCUCCACGCAUGCACUCACUCCGCCGGUCACGCGCACUCCGCCGGUCACGCGCACUCCGCCAGUCACGGUCACAGGUUUCUCGGCGGAUAUUUGCAACCCGCCGCCCUUCCGCGCGACCGCAGCCAGCCCGCUUCACCUCCACAGUCGCUGCGUGCUUCGCGCGCAGCGUCGGCGCGCUUUGAGUCGGCUCAGAGGCCCGGGCCCGCCGCGCCACGAUCAGCGGCAGGGAGGGACGCAGCAUCGCGAGCAGCAGCAGUGCGCUGCCCGCACUCAGCUGCCGCCGAGCGGCGGCACUUGGACGUGCUGCCGCGCACCCCUUCGCCGCGCGCCGGGCAACUCGCUUCAGCAGCGGUGGCACCAGCAGCAGCAGCGCAAGGAAUCCGCGGCCACCACUCCGCUGCCGCCGAGCGGUGCCGCCACGACGAGCAUCGCUCGGCAGACAACGGAGCGACGACGGCGACGGGGACGGCCGGUGCGUCCGAUUUUGCGACCACUGCCACGUCAGCAGCUGAUGGCGACGCGGGCGCUCACGUGGCUCAUGGCGGCGCCCACGUCAGUGAUGCCUCCUCGUGCUGGCUGUGCUCCGCUGAUCGCGGUGGUGAUGGCGGCGUGGGGGGGGAUGCUGGCGACGCAGGGAGGGGCGUGGACGCAGGGAGGGGCGUGGACGCAGGGAGGGGCGUGGACGCAGGGAGGGACGUGGCGCCCUCGGGUGCGAGCAACGACAGCUCCGCCAGCAAGGAAGGCAGUCCGCUGACGUGGCGGUUCUUCUGCGGGACAUGUGGCGCGCUGCAACCGGUCGACAAGAGUGUGGACCUGUUUGAGCUGUUCGGCCUCCGUCGUGCGUUCGCCAUCGACCUGCCGCUACUGGAGCAGCGCUACAAGCAGCUGCAGAAGAUGCUGCACCCGGACCUGCACGGGGCCAAGUCCGAGGAGGAGCAGCUGCUAUCAGCAGAGCAGGCAGCGUUUGUCAUCGAUGCCUACUACACGCUGCUCAGACCCCUCUCUCGAGCCAAGUACCUGCUCCGCGCCAGUGGCAUCACCUCAGCGGAGCUGAGUGGCGACAGCCCGGGGAGGGACCAGCAGCUGCUAAUGGAGGUGAUGGAGCUGAGGGAGACGAUAGAGGAGGCGGAGAGCAGGGAAGAGCUGCAGGCACUGCAGACACAGACCCAGGAUAGAAUGGAAGGGCUGUACGGCAGGUUUGGGGCGGCAUUUCAGGGAGGCGAUUUGGCUGCAUGCGUAGGGUUGCUGCAUCGCAUGGCUUAUUUUCAGCGAGUGGCCAAUGAGAUUAACAAUAGACUGCACUCUAUGUAAGGUUAAGGCGAUAUUGAAGAGGUUUGUUGAAUCAUCAGAGCAUUUCAGAAGUUGCUUAUGUGUUUUGUGAUGCACUAGAAUAGAAUCUGGCUUGCAUUCAUAAAAAAUUAAUGCGACCAGAAACUGCGGUUGUCGACGGUUCUCAACAGAAAGUACUCCUCAUGAGUGUAUAUACUGCUUGGCUACUGCCAGGCCUCAGGAUAUCAGGGUAAAAUACCCUUAUGGCCCCUACUAUAAGGCUGGGGUUGGUGUUGGACC